CUACUGUACUACACUGCCGCAAAUACUUAAAGGAGGGGAUUUGUGUACAAAAAUAGGACAGUAAUUUUACUGCCUGUACUCUGGAGAAAGAAAAAUAUUGGAUUACAGCAUUAGACUGACAUCUCUCUAAAGAGAGAAACAUACUGAACAACCUGGAGCAAGUAUUAGAGUCUGUGCCAACAAUGGAGUCUAGUCAAGCUCCUGAAGACAUGAAGAACAAAAGCAAAAAUCAGUCUGCUGUUACCCCUACAAUGAAACAACUGGAGUGCUUAUUGGAAGAACUGGGCUUAAAACAGUACUACAGAGAAAAGCUAUCACUCAGGAGAGUACUUGAGAUCAAUAAGAAGUCCAUCACUGAUGAACCUGCCAAGUUUAACUCAGACCUUCCAUGGUAUUUUCUGAAAAAACUAAUGAUGUUUAAUGUCACUUCUAUAAAUGUGAAAUGUACACCAGAGUGCGAGUCAAACAGUGAUGAUGAAUCAGGGAGUACAGAUGCAGAUUUUGAUGAUAUGAUUGACACAGAUGACACUGUGAAUCCCCUCGACAUAAUCACUACUGUCUUUCUGUGUUCUGAUGGUUUUCUACAGCAGGAAUUGGCACUAAAAAUGUCCAUGUGUCAGUUCUCAGUCCCUCUGCUGCUUCCCAAUUGUGAUACAAAACAGUGCACACUCAUGCUGUGGGCCAUGAGAGACAUUGUUAAAAAGUACAGACCUCAGUCUCUUUCACAGUCAAGGGGCUUCAUUGAAGAAAGAAUCGUUCUCUCUGAACUUCCAAUGGUCUCUUUUGUCAGACUGGGUGAGUGCUCCUUGUCCAAGUCAGAGAUUCUCAAUAAGCUUCUGAGCAAUGCUCAGCAGUACCACGACACUUUUGUUCACCACAACAUGGAGUGUGGUGACAGUCCAAGAAGAAUUUCCAAUGGACUGACUGAAAUUACUUGGUAUCUUCCUGGUGGAAACACAAACAUCGAUAUUUUCAGUCAGCCAGUGGCUGUAGCUAACCUUCGUGGAGACAUUGCUUCAUUUGAAACACAAUACUCCUUUUUGUGUCAGACAUCUGCAGCAGUUUUUGUCUUCUUUGACCAUUUGGAUUCUGAGUCUGAGUCUGUGAUCAACCUGCUUAAAAGUCAAAACCACAAAGCACAGAUCUUCUUGGUGGGAAACUGUGAGAGCAAGCGCUUCAAUUUAGAGUCUUUGAAAAAAGUAGCAUCUGAGUUGGAUUUCACUAAAAACAACAUUAUUAAGACAAAUAAGAAAAAUGAUGCAAACUUUGUAAAAGAUUUGAGGAAAAAAGUCAGAAAUGUGGUUGAGAAAUCAGAGCUGAAGAUGAAAAUAGAGAAGAUGGUCAAAGUUGCUCAUGAACUGGGAAUCCUAGUUGAUGAAGACGCUCCCGAGUGCCAGACUGCAAAGAAAAAUGCAAAAACCAUCACUGCAGGGAUUCAAGACAUCCAUAAAUACAAAGAAGAUCAGCUUCCCCGACAAGGCCAAAUAUGGAAAACAUUGACGUGCUUAGAGAAGGAAGAGUUUCGACUUCGACAUGUUGAGUCUAAAAAUAUAGAAGAUUACAAAAGUGAUCUUCAGAAACAGAAAGAAGAACUGCGGAAAAAGCAGAACUCUUAUGAGAUGUCAGCGGCUAUGACAAACUUCAUCACUGGGAUAUCAAGCCCAGGAACAGAGAGGUUUUAUUUCCUGAAAUGGAUGCGAAUGAACCUCGAUAAUGUGUCUCGUGUAAGACUGUCUGAACUCAGGGAGAAAUAUAAAGAAAAAUGCAAGAACUCUGAGAACAAAGAGGAGAUCAAAGAAAUUGACAGACAAAUUUCUAACAGCUCACUGGGGAUUGAACACUUCUUCCGUGAAAUGGGUCAGAUCUAUGAAGCUUCACUGUCUCUUCCAGAAACACACAGAUCACGUCAGCAAUUUCAGCAUCUGCCCAAACUGUGUGCAGAGUUGUUGCUUGAUGGAUUUCCUCUUGAGCUUGUAGAUGGAGAUGCAUCCAACAUCCCUCUCAGAUGGGUGAGUGAUGUUCUCUCUCAGCUCAGUGACCUGGUGUCUCCAAACAGAAAGAUACUGGUAGUCACAGUUCUUGGAGUUCAGAGCACAGGAAAGUCCAUUCUCCUUAACACCAUGUUUGGAGUGCAGUUUGCAGUCAGCAGUGGUCGAUGUACUCGAGGUGCCUUUAUGUUGCUCAUCAAAAUCAAUGAAGACAUGAGAAAAGUCCUAAACUGUGACUUCAUGGUGAUCAUUGACACUGAGGGCUUAAAGUCACCAGAACUUGCACAACUGGACAACAGCUAUGAGCACGACAAUGAGCUUGCAACACUUGUUGUGGGGCUGAGUGAUGUCACCAUAGUCAACAUUGCAAUGGAGAAUUUAACAGAAAUGAAAGACAUCCUACAAAUAGUUGUGCAUGCUUUUCUCAGGAUGAAGGAGGUGGGCAAAAAGCCUAAAUGUCAGUUUGUUCACCAGAAUGUGUCGGAUGUUUCAGCCCAUGAGAAGAACUUACGAGACAGGAAAUUGCUUCUAAAACAAUUAAAUGAGAUGACUCGGGCAGCAGCCAAAAUGGAAAAGAAAGAGGAGAAUAAGAACUUCACUGAUGUGAUGGAGUACAGUCCAGACACCGGGAACUGGUACAUUCCUGGACUCUGGAAUGGAAACCCACCAAUGGCACCAGUUAAUGCAGGAUACAGUGAGGCUGUAUAUGAGCUCAAGAAAAACAUCAUCCAACUACUGAGAAACUGUGAGUCAUCUGCUAAUAAUAUCAUAGAGUUUAAAGAGUGGGUGAAAAGUCUGUGGAAUGCAGUAAAGCAUGAAAACUUCAUCUUCAGCUUCAGAAACAGCCUCGUAGCUGAUGCAUACAUGAAGCUCUGCACAGAGUUCAAUAAAUGGGAGUGGGAAUUUAGAAAAGAAAUGUACACCUGGGUAAGAAAUGCAGAAACAAAAAUUUCCAAUUUUGGUACUAUUGCCGCAAAAUCUGAAACAUCUGACAUGAGAGAAUUUCUCAGAUCUUUGAAAAGUGACGCCACCACAGUGCUGUCUACAUGGGAGACAAAGAUUCUGAACAAUCUGACACAAUAUUUUGAGCAAACAGAGGGUCAUGUGUCUCUGGUUGAAGGAUACAAAGAGGAAUUCUCAAACAGUGUAAAGGUCCUUCGUCGUGAUAUAGAAAAUGGUGUAAUGCAUCAGCUUGAAGCAGCAGCAGGAAUCAGACAGGGAAUGACAGAAAUUGAUAAAAUCAAAGACAAUCAUACAAAAGAGAUUGAAAAAAAAAGCGUGCGUGCAUUAAUUGAUAAAUGUCGAAAGAAAGAAGUCCAAAUGACAGGCGCAGAGUUGGACAAAGAGUUUGAGAAGAUGUGGAGUGAAACUUUAGAAAAACUGUCUUUCUCUGAACAAAAAACAAAAAAUGUCACAGACAAUGUGUCCCACUGUCUGAGAGAAAAUCUGAAACACAGAGGGGGUGCAAAUGAGUUAUUAAGUGAAAUGAGUCUACAAGAUUGUGGAAAAGAGUCUUUCAAAUGUACACCUGAAGGAUGGUUCAACAGAUUUAAACACACAGCAAACAAGGUCUUUACUGGUCAGGAUCACAUAAUGGCUGCACAACAUCUGGCUGACAGGAUGAUAAAUAUUUGCACAGACUUUGUGAAUGAACGAGUGAAAAGAAGAAACAAUUACCAUGAAACUUACAUCCAGGAGAUCCUUCACAAGACUGAUGAGACUCUCCAAAAUAAUGAAAAUGUUAAGAUGAAUAUUGAGUUUGAAGUUUCUCUAAAACAGCACAUCUGUGGAUUUGCAGCCAGAGAGUUUCAGAAAAUGCACGAAGAUUUCAUAGAAGAAAAUGAUCCAUACAGGUGUCUGACUAAAAACAAGGAAAAGUUUCAUGAAGAUUUCAAAGAUGUGUUUCAUGAACGAAACCAGUGUCAGAAGAAAGCAGAAGAAUUCACAAAUCGAUGUUUGAAACCUGCCGUUGAAGACUUUGUUAAUCGCUCCCUGGGUCCUGAUAUUAUUGAUGAAAUGAGGAAACUCAGAGAGUUCAGCACAAGAAUGUCCUUCCAGUAUUCAAUUUUACUGGAUUUGCUUCACAAGGAGCAUUUUCGAAACUAUGUGACCUAUAUUUGCUCAUAUGAGAAGUAUGCAAAGUCAUGGAUACUUCAGCAAAUAAAGAAGCGCUUCUCAAAUGAGUCAUCAGUGUUUGCGUUUGAGGACCGACAUCUGCGGUCAUGUAUUGACAGCAUAAAUUCUGCCAUCAACAAGGCCAAAACUAGAGAGAGUGAUGAUUUGAAGGCAUUUGUUGAAGGUAUUUGCAAAGAACUCGGUGAUAAACUGGUCAUUACCCAGAAUGCUCUUGGUGCUUUCAUGAUACUGAACAAUGCUGACAAGGAACAGUUUGCUGACUGUCUCACAACAUCUGUGAAUGACAUGACAGAAACUCUUAGAAAUGAGUUUAAAGAAUCUACCUUUGAAAUUAAACUACAAAAUCUCCAUGUGCAGCCACAGAAUGAGCUUUUCAACAAAUUGAUUGGUUGUGGUAAACAGUGUCCAUUCUGCAAAGCUCCCUGUGAUGCAGGAGGAAUAGCCCAUACUGAGCACUUUGCUUCACUGCACAGGCCAGAGGGUCUGGGUAGAUACAGAUGGGUCGACACAAAAACACUUGUCACUGAAAUAUGCUCGUCUCUGGUUGUUAGUGACAAAAAAUUUCGUAGCAGUGAUACAAACAAUAAAUUUCACUCCUAUAAGAACUACAAGAAAAUCUAUAAAGACUGGAAUAUUCAAACAGAUGUGAGCCUUGAAGCAUCAGACUACUGGAAAUAUUUAAUGAGAAAAUACAACAAUGACUUUGCCAAAGAAUAUGAAGCAGCACCUGCUGACAUCCCAAAAUCCUGGCAUAAAAUCAAAAAGAUCAGGCCGAAAAAAGUCUCAAAGAAUCAUUUAACAUCAAGUAACUACUUUUAA